AUGGAGUAUCUUUCUAGACACCUCCACCAGUUGCAGUCCCAGCCUGAUUUUAACUUUCAUCCAAGAUGUGGAAAGCUGGCCCUUACUCAUUUGAUGUUUGUUGAUGAUUUGCUCAUAUUCUGUAGGGCAGAUCCAAUCUCUAUUGACAUGAUGUUGUCCUCUUUUAAGAAUUUCCCUUUGGCUUCUGGUUUGGAGGCUAAUAUGGAUAAAAGUAACAUCUAUGUUGGGGGUGUAUAUGGGGAGGAUAAGGCUGAAAUUUUGAAUGUUGUCUCUAUUCCUGAAGGUACCUUUCCCUUCAGAUACCUUGGUGUUCCUCUCUCAACUAAGAAAUUGAAGUAUAAUCAGUGUAGGCCUUUAAUUGAGAAGGUGUUGGCUAGAGCUAAAGUUUGGACUAUCAAGCACCUUUCUUAUGCAGGUAACACUGAUCCUUCAAAAAAAGCUCUGGUUGCUUGGCACAUUCUUUGCUUGCCUAAAGUUGCUGGUGGUUUAAAUCUUAAAGAUAUGUGUUGGUGGAACAAAGCAGUUGUUGCCAAAUUGCUUUGGGCUAUAACUUAUAAAAAGGACAGGCUUUGGUGUAAAUAG